CUGCGCACUUUCGCAUCAGUCUAGAUUGGUGUGCCACUGGGAGUAGUCGCGACCUGCUAGUGCUGCUUAGCGCCAUUCCAUUCCCUGCCCCUUUUCAGGCUAGUACUCGAGUCUCGUGAAGAACAGACAAAGGCGUGCUGAUCCGAACUACGAAAGCAAAACGCCGCAGCAGCAGCACCAAUCAAAUCAAGCAAACCAGCGACCAGCGUGUCUGUCGUGUCUCUGAAGUGUGUGCGCGCGCGCUCACGUACAAGGUGUUGGCAGCAAUGAGUAUCGCUAGUGCUACAGCAGUGUCCAGCAAAGAUCUGCCAGAUAUUGAGAGUCUGCUCGCGCUUAAUCCGCGCGUGAAAACCCAUGGCAGCCUGGUACCGACGGUGCAAACGAAGCAAACGAAGAAGCAGUGGAAACGCAACACCGACCGGUCGGCAUCCUCCUGCUCCUCGUCCUGCAACCCGCUGACGAAUGACUUCUCCGACAUCAAGCACACGACGCUCGGUGAGCGGGCGGCCCUGCGGGAGGCGUCCCGCUGCCUCAAGUGUGCCGACGCACCGUGCCAGAAGUCCUGCCCGACCCAGCUCGACAUCAAGAGCUUCAUCACGAGCAUCGCCAACCGGAACUACUACGGUGCGGCCAAGGCCAUCUUCUCCGAUAACCCGCUCGGGCUGACGUGCGGUAUGGUCUGCCCGACCUCCGAUCUGUGCGUCGGCGGCUGCAACCUGGCCGCGGUCGAGGAGGGUCCGAUCAACAUCGGCGGCCUGCAGCAGUUCGCGACGGACGUGUUCCGGCGGAUGGGCCUGCGGCAGAUACGGCCACCGAAUGCGCGACCGCUCGCGCAUCCGAACAAACGGAUCGCACUGCUCGGUGGCGGUCCGGCUUCCCUGUCCUGUGCCACCUUUCUGGCCCGGCUCGGUUACACCGACAUCACGGUGUACGAACGGAACACCUACCUCGGAGGCCUUAGCUCCUCGGAGAUCCCACAGUACCGGCUACCGGUCGAUGUGGUCAACUUCGAGGUGCAGCUGGUGAAGGAUCUGGGCGUACGGUUCGAGCUGGGCCGCUCCCUGUCCGCCCGCGAUCUGACCGUGCGCGGUCUGCUGCAGGACGGUGCGGAUGCCGUUUUCCUCGGCAUCGGUCUACCGGAGCCGAAGAUCGAUCCGGUGUUCCGGGGGCUCGGCAUCGAGCACGGUUUCUACACCUCCAAGAGCUUCCUACCGAAGGUGUCGUCCGGUAGCAAGGCCUGCCUGUGUGCCGCCACCGCCGCCGCCACCUCGGCAACCCUACCCAAGCUGAGUGGUAACGUCAUCGUGCUCGGUGCCGGCGAUACGGCGUUCGAUUGCGCGACGUCAGCGCUACGGUGCGGUGCGCGCCGCGUAUUUGUCGUGUUCCGGAAGGGCAACAACAACAUCCGGGCCGUCCCGGAGGAGGUCGAGCUGGCGCGGGAGGAACGGUGCGAGUUUAUCCCGUUCAUGGCCCCGAAACGGGUGCUCCGGCAGGACGGGGAACGGGAAGGGCGAAUCGUGGGGCUGGAGCUGUGCCGCACCGAGCAGGACGACGACGGGCACUGGAUCGUGGACGAGGAGCAGACGACGCGCCUCAAGGCGAACUACAUCAUCUCCGCGUUCGGUUCGGGCCUGUACGAUCCUGACACCAUUGAGGCGCUGGCCGGCAUCAAGCUGAACCGCUACGGACUACCGGAGGUCGAUCCGGAGACGCAGCAAACGUCGCUGGCGGGUGUGUUCUGUGGUGGCGAUCUGGCCGGGGCCGCCGAAACGACGGUCGAGUCGGUGAACGAUGGCAAGACGGCCGCCUGGUACAUGCACUGCCAGCUCCAGGGCCUACCGUUCGAUGGGAAGGUCGAACUGCCGCUCUUCUACACACCGAUCGAUGCCGUCGACCUGUCGGUCGAGGUGUGCGGUGUCCGGUUCGAGAACCCGUUCGGUCUAGCGUCGGCCCCACCCACCACCAGCACCGCGAUGAUCCGGCGUGCGUUCGAGCAGGGCUGGGGUUUUGCCGUCACGAAAACGUUCGCCCUCGACAAGGACGUCGUGACGAACGUCAGUCCACGGAUCGUGCGGGGUGUAACCGCCGGUCACAGCUACGGACCACAGCAGGGUGCCUUCCUCAACAUCGAGCUCAUCUCGGAGAAGUGCCCGGACUACUGGCUGGCCGGUAUACGGGAGCUGAAGCGCGACUUCCCGACCAAGGUUCUGAUCGCGAGCAUCAUGUGCACGUACAACGAGCAGGACUGGACGGAGCUGGCACGGCGGGCCGAAACCGCCGGUGCCGACAUGCUCGAGCUGAACCUGUCCUGCCCGCACGGUAUGGGCGAGUCCGGUAUGGGUCUGGCGUGCGGCCAGGACCCGGAGCUCGUCUACAACAUCUCGGUCUGGGUGCGGCGUGCCGUCCGGAUACCGUUCUUCGUGAAGCUAACCCCGAACAUCACCGACAUCGUGGCGAUCGCCCAGGCAGCCCAGCGCGGUCAGGCCGACGGUGUGUCGGCCAUCAACACCGUCCAGGGGUUGAUGUCGUUGCGCACGGACGGUACACCGUGGCCAGCGGUUGGUAUCCACAAGCGCACCACGUACGGUGGUGUGUCCGGCAAUGCGACCCGCCCCCAGGCACUCCGGGCGGUCUCGCUGAUCGGCAACAAGCUGCCCGGGUUCCCGAUCUGCGGCAUCGGUGGUAUCGAUUCGGCCGACGUCGCCCUCCAGUUCAUCCAGUGCGGUGCCCCGAUCCUGCAGAUCUGCUCCUCCGUCCAGAACCAGGACUUUACCGUCAUCGAGGACUACGUGACGGGUUUGAAGGCGCUGCUCUACCUCAAGGCUAACCCACCACCGGCCACCGGGCUGGACGGUACCGGCUGGGAUGGCCAAUCACCACCGACCGGCAAACUGCAGAAGGGCAAACCGGUGGUGCCGCUCCGGGAUGCGGACGGCAGGACCGUGCUGCACUUCGGUGAGUACAAGCGGCGCCGGGAGGCCGAGGUGGCGAAACUGCGCCAGCAGCACGGUCCACUGUGGGAACCGUGCCCGGACACCGUGGCGGAUACACUCCCGGACAGUACGGAGAAGGUUGCGCCCCGGAUCCGGGAUGUGCUGGGUGCGGCCCUACCCCGGAUCGGUGACUACAAGCGGCUGGACAACACCAAGCAGGUGGUCGCGCUGAUCGACGAUGAUUUGUGUAUCAACUGCGGCAAGUGCUACAUGACGUGCGCCGACUCGGGCUACCAGGCGAUCAGCUUCGACAGCCAAACGCACCUGCCGCACGUCACCGACGAUUGUACCGGUUGCAACCUCUGCCUGUCCGUUUGCCCGAUCAUCGAUUGCAUCAGCAUGGUCCCGAAAAAGAUCCCGCACGUCAUCAAGCGCGGCAAACUCGAGUCAACGCUCACCGUACACGCCCUGGGCCAGAUCGGGCAAUAGAGUGCCCGUUCGAUGCGAUUGUUCGGAUGCGAUGUCGUCGGCACCGAAAAAGGCCACCAGAAGGCCCGGAGAGGGGCCGCCCGGCCAGAAGAUCGAUCCGUCUCUAGGUUGAUUUUAUUUAGAUUGGUUUUUUUUUUCUUUUUUUGGUAGUUUGUUUACAGAAUUGUUUAUUCACUGGAGGAUUUUCUAACGUGUCUGUCUGUGUGUGUGAGUGUGUGCUCGGGGCCUUCCCAGCAGCCACAACAACUGCAUUGCAUUAACAAAAACAAAAACAAAACAAAAAAAUAGAACAGAAAAAAUAGGUAACUAGGAAUAGAAGAAAAAGAACCUAGCGUUGUGUUGUCAGCGAAGCGUUGUUAUUUUAGACGUCGCCGGUAAACUAACGGCUAACAAAUAAAGCGAUAUGCGAUGAGCUAAGG